GACGAAGACGACGACGAUCGCACGCCACACGACGUCCAGUCCACCGGCGCCAUCGAAACCUCACCGACGUCUCCGUGACCGUCCAGAGCAAAGAGUCGCCGUCGUCGCCGUAGUCGCACCACCACAUCCCGAGUCCCGACCGAGCAAACGUCCACGACAGCAUUCGACACGGUCCGGUCAGACGCGACACAGGACCCGCGACUUAACUAUCGCCACCGCGUGUAUAUCUCGAGACGAUUGUCACCGCGAUUACGACGACGACGAUCGCCGAAAGCACGCAAGGGACGAGCCGCUGCAGCGUAUCCGCGUGUAGCCCGUGCCACGAGCGUCAUUUUAUCGUAUCAUAAUAUCAUACUAUAAGAUUGCGAAUCGGAGGCUGACUUGCGAACGGAACUCGUCGUCUUGACCAGGUCGUCGUCCUUCUACGUAGGGUCGUCGACGAUCCUGCAGCAGCAGUACCAGCAGCUCCGCGGUCGUAUACACAGAAACGCGGCCCGACAGCCAUACCAUGAUAUUCUCGAAAUGCCAGUACGCGGCGUUCACGUUAUUAUUGAUUCAGAUGAGAGUGCUGUGCCAAGAGUCGAUCACCACGGAAGGAGGCGUGGUGGUGGGCAGUGGCGCCGGACCAACGGAGCUCUAUCCGAACGGCGAAGAAGGUGUCGACGACGUUGGUAGGGAGAACGUGUUUGUGCUCAAUGACACCAGGGAAGCUCUGUCUCACGAUGGUAGCGAACACAAUUCGGUGUUGUUUGUUGGUGACAGUUACGUGCCAGUCACCACUCAGCUCCGGUCCAGACCUAUAUCGCCGGCCGACUCGACCGUGCUUGACUGGAGACUGCAGACCGUGGAAAGUUGGGACGGACGGCGGCACGGCAAUAACAAGACGCGUGUGCAACACAUCGAAGCUGAGUGCCAAGACGAUUAUAUGAAAAUUCGCAUCGGUUUCAACGGCUCCUUCGGCGGUCUGCUGUACUCGUCCGGAUAUUCGUAUGACCCGGACUGUGUUUACAUCAACGGCACUGGUCGGGAUUACUACGAGUUUUACAUACAGCUGAACCGUUGUGGUACGUUGGGAAAAAACUCCAGACAAGAGGACGCCAGGAAGAACCCAGCGAAAAAUCUCAUGUGGAAUACCGUAACCGUCCAAUACAACCCGUUGAUCGAAGAAGAAUGGGACGAACACUUCAAAGUGACAUGUGAAUAUGGCUACGACUUUUGGAAAACUGUGACAUUUCCGUUUUUAGACGUUGAAGUGGCUACCGGCAAUCCAGUAGUAUUUACACUAUCGCCGCCCGAGUGUUACAUGGAAAUACGGUACGGAUACGGCACUACCGGAAACAGGGUGGGAGGACCUGUACGCGUCGGAGACCCGCUGACUUUGAUCAUCUACAUGAGGAGCAAAUAUGAUGGCUUCGAUAUUGUGGUGAACGAUUGUUACGCGCACAACGGAGCGCAGAAGAAGAUUCAACUCAUCGAUCAAUACGGAUGCCCCGUCGACGACAAGUUGAUCAGCCGAUUCAGAGGAUCGUGGAGCGAAAGCCAAGUGUUCGAGACCCAAGUAUUCGCUUACAUGAAAACGUUCAGGUUCACCGGGUCGCCGGCUCUUUACAUUGAAUGUGACGUCCGGAUGUGUCAUGGCAGAUGUCCGAGUCAACCGUGUCACUGGAGGAAUGCCAAGAGCGUGGCGAAACGGUCCACUGAUGUGGAGGUGGCAACGACCCCGGCGGCCCUUUCACAGAACAUCAACUUAUUCCAGUCUUUGAGAGUGCUCCAAGAGGGCGAGAACGGUGAAGACGCAAGUGCUCUUAGCAACAGGACCACGGGAUACUACACGGACAACAGCCAGAAUUCAGUGUGUGUGAGGUCCGGUUUGCUGGCCGGUCUGUUGGCGCUUGCCUCCACCGUGCUGUGUUUCCUGAGUUUGGCACUGACCGUCAUGUGUUACCGGUCCAAGCGACUGGUCAAGGGUUGCGCCGACAGUGCAGCUCAUCACGUGAUCGCUGCCGCGCCGGCGAGAUGUUUCCUCACGCACAAGGGCAGAAUAAACUGACGGGGGUUGACGUAAGUCGACUUAACCGCUGGGCGGGGGGGGGUACGGAAAUAGCAACCUGUAUUUUUUUUUUUUACAAAAUAUCGUCAGGUACAAAACACUUAACAUUAUCAUAUCAUACCGUGUGUAUACAAUACAACACUCCUUUCAUCGCUCGCAUCGAACAUAGUAAUAUGAUAUUUUCUAUAUACAUGCUUUUUUUUUUUUUUUUAAUUGUAAUUAUUAGUAUUAUUAUUAUUGUUAUUGUUGUCAAUUGGUAUUGCAGUGCAGACAUUCGGGAGAGGGCGAAGGAUUACCCGUGACUAGAUCGCGUACAGACAGGACUAUUUUCGUAUUCGUUUUAUAAGAAUAUCAUUAUAUUACAUAAUAUGCUAUGCACACUUAAAAUACGAUCGGACUUUGUUUUUUCCGAGUCGAUAAUUCGUUUUGGUUGUUAUCUCUGUGAUAAUAUCUAAAUAAUACCAAUAUAAUACUCACCAUCAAACGUGGAUUUAUAAUAUUUGUCUGCUGUUAUUUAAUUGAUUAUCUCUCGACUUGUCUGUGUGCAAACGUUCGUCUGAAACACGUGAUAAUAAUAUUAUUAAUAAUAAUAAUAAUAAUUACUGUCUUUUCAAACACGUCUCACAAAACAGAUAAUAUUUUAAUAAUUUAAGUCAGGUUUAAUUCACUAUUUAUACAAAACGAACGACAUCUUUAUGUAAUUUUUUAAUCUUUUUCAAUUAUUAUUAUUAUUAUUAUUAAGAAGAAGAAGAGAACACAAAAAAUGGGCCAUACUAAGUAAAAAAAAAAAAAAAGUAAAAAUAUUGUAUCAAUUAAUUCGUAUACUAUAAUAUUAUAGUAGUUGCUAUUUGCUGAUGCUAUAUUAAGCGUACAACAUAUGCGUUCAUACUACUUUUUCUCGAAAACACAAUUAGGUGGCUUCUCUAUGUUACACAGUUUUGAAUAGUAUACAUAUUUUCACGUAUAUCUUUUCCGCACUCGAAAGCCAUUCAUGAUAAUAUUAUCAGCUGUUAUUCAGUUUUUGUAACGAAUGGCUAUGGUCAGUGACCACCUGUUUAUGAUCUUAUGACUUCGUGAUCUCCUGUGCAUUAUACUUGAAUACGCGAAGACAUCCGAAAUGCAAAUUUUUACAUACGGCACACACGUUUCGUCGUGUUUUCAAUACGGCGAGUAUAGAUUAGUUUCGAGGAAUUUGUCUUGGUACAUUAUAUUUCGACGCGGAACAAUAUUAUAAUAUAUUAUGCAGUAUAAUCGGUAGAAAUUGUUUGGGUCGCCGAACCUCCGACAAAUUCGCCCCACAUGUCGCUAAAUUAUAAUAAUAUUAUCGCCACGAUAGAGCUCCCUCUUGAUCUACAUACCAGGAAAAUCAUUGUUUCGCUCACCCACCGUGUCUACCUCUCGCCAACGCUCGCUCCAUAUCCUCUCACGUAGGUAUGUCAUUGUCGAUUCAUUUCGGUUUCAUAGACGAAAUUAAAUCGUUUUAAUAGUACCUAGUUAAACAUUAUAUAUGAUAAUUAUACAUAGUACCUAAAAUCGUAUCUUAUUAGGUGACGUUCUACGAUAAUACUUUGAAACUAUAAUUAUUAAUAAUCCAUUACAUCGUCAUUGCAUUAUUAGUAUCAAUCGUUUCAUAAUAACUGAUGAAUAACUGCUUGAAAAAGAACAAGAAUUUUUCAUUUCGCUUGUCGCUUGUAAAUAUUCAUAUAAUAUUAUUGUAUUAGAAACAUCUUCUUAAGUAAGUUAGAUUUGUAUUUUAGAUUAUAGUUAUAUAUAUAUAUAUUUUAUUCAGUGUUUGCACGUGCGUAAACACGAUAUGUUAGGACAACCUCUAUCUAACGAGCAACUAAUUGAUGCGAGCGACUAGAACGUGAAAACGAUUAUCAGUGCCCGGGAUGGUAUUAAUUUUAUUAUAAUUUAUUUCCAAAAUCAUUUUCCAAGGCAAAAAAAAUAUUAUUUUUUUCUGCGUGGAUAGGACGAGUGAAUUAAAAUUUAAUAUCAAGUCGUGUAAAAAUAUUUCCGUCAGAAAAUAUUAUGUUGUGCUCUUUAUAUAGGGGUUGUACUAAUAGACCUACUAGUUUUUAAGCUCUGUACAGAGCAUUUAGUGUUUUUGGUAUAAAAACAAAAUGCAUUUUUUUAUAUCAUAAUUCCAUAAUGUUU